AUGGACAUCCUCACCCAGACCAUGCGCAAAGAGGGCUUCUUCGCGCUCUACAAAGGCAUGGCGAGCCCACUCGUUGGCAUCGCAGGUGUGAACUCGCUCCUGUUCGCCGCGUAUGGUGUCUCGAAGCGGAUCAUCUCGCCGUACCCCCAGCUCUCCCUCAAGGAGAUCGCCGCCGCCGGUGCACUCGCGGGCGCGGCGAACGCGGUCCUCGCGAGCCCAGUGGAGAUGUUCAAGGUGAGGAUGCAGGGUCAGUACGGCAUGCCGGGCGACAAGCGGUUGCGCGCCAUCAUGAGCGAGAUGUGGCGGGAGUGGGGGUUCAGAAAGGGCGUCAUGCGCGGGUACUGGGUGACCGUGGCUCGGGAGAUCCCAGCCUAUGCGGGGUUCUACACAGCGUUCGAGUUCUCGAAGCGGAAUUUCUCACAGCGGUACGACGGCCGGAUCCCGGUGUGGGCCCUGCUCGCGAGCGGCUCAACAGGCGGGAUUGCAUAUUGGUUGGCGUGUUACCCGCUCGAUGUCGUGAAGUCCCGCGUUCAGCUUCGCGCAACGCCGCCCACAGGCACGCCCGUGCAGUACAUCGCGCACGAGCUCAAGACAAUCGUGGCCGAGAGCGGAUGGACCGGCCUGUUCCGCGGCCUUUCUCCAUCGCUUCUACGAAGUAUACCCGCCGCGGCGAGUACGUUUGCUGCAUUUGAGCUGACGAGAGAGUAUCUGCUGGAGGUGACGGGCGUGUGA